AUGAGAAAAAUCGACUCUUUUUCUAUUUCCUCUUUUUCUUCCAUUUCAGUAUUUGAAGUUGUAAUUGUUCUCCUUAUAUCAUCUCCUGUCGUUAUACAGUCAUUUGCUCUGCCUCCUACAACCGGAUAUGGAGGCACCACAUGGACAAAUAAUGUCCAGUAUUUAGAGUCGUGGAUAGCUCAAUCGGUUAGAAUAAGUGCAGUUACAGUCAGACCUGUUCUUCUCUCCAACAAUAUCUCCUAUGGUGGUGCGAACCUACGGUUUGGAUGUGGAUUCUUCUGCUACUCUAUUCCUUGUCACACGGGCUAUUCCUUUGCAGUUUUCUUUGUUAUCUACCAGACUGAUUAUACUGAUCCAUAUGACCUGCAGAUGGUCUGGACUGCAAAUAGAGAGCGUUUAGUGCAAGACAACGCAACCCUUGGACUCACCUCAACUGGGAACCUUGCGUUGAAAGACGCAGAUGGCACUCUGGUCUGGUCUACAAAUACAUCAUCCAAGAAAAUUCAAGGAAUAACGAUGGAAGAAAAGGGGAACUUAGUGCUCUUGAACAGCUCCAACGGAACCAUGUGGCAGUCUUUCGACCAUCCCGCUGAUACGCUCAUGGUAGACCAGAAAUGGAAGGUGGGACAGAAGAUUUUUGCAAAUAUUUCUCCCAUCAAUACAAGUCAAGGGUUUUACUAUGGAUCCUUGAAUGUGGAUGGCUUUGCUAUGUAUACGGCCCCUGCGCCCGCUCAAAUGUAUUUUAGGCAUCCAAAGGAACCCACAACGGUUAACUGUGCUUAUAUGCAGUUGGAUAAUGAGUCGCUCAAUUACUAUCCUGUCGGGUAUCCAUCGAAUCCGAUUACAGUGAGUCUUUCUGCACCUAAAAAUUGCCUCUAUUAUAAGAUUAAUACAGAUGGGCAUUUGCAGUUUUAUUCUUUCCAGCCAGGAACUGGAAAGUCUGUAACUGACUAUUUGACAAGCUUUACCAGUGCAUUAACUGUCUGUGAGUAUCCAAAAACUUGUGGGGACUAUGGUGUCUGCAACGAUGGUCAGUGCAGCUGUCCUGAAGAGGCCAAUGUUUUUGCUCAGAUUAAUGCCUCCAAACCCAGUUCGGGCUGUCUACCACUUAGUCCUCUCGUCUGUCCAGAGACAUCUACAAUCAGUAGCAGUCUACAAGAUUAUGAGUUGUUGGAGAUGGAUCAUGUGUCGUAUUUUACUUAUUCUUAUGGAAAUGCAUCUACCACAGAGUUGGUUUCAAGUGAUGAAUGCAAAACUCUUUGCCUCAAAAACUGCACUUGCAAAGCUGCUUUUUUCAGGUAUGGUAUCUUUGGCAAUAGUUCUAGUGGUUAUUGUUAUCUGGAGUCCAAUGUCUACUCUCUGCGAAUGAACACUCCAAGUGAUACCUUUUACAAUUCCAGUGCUUAUAUUAAAGUUAAGAGAAUCUCCAUCUCCAAGCACGCCAAUCGCUCUGUUAAAGAUAUCGGUAUUGCUGUUGGUUGUGUAUUCGCUGUCCUGUUUCUCGUAUUGGGGGCAUGGAAGGCGAAAUCUAGAAAAUGCAAUACAAGGGAGAAAAGUGAUGAGCGUGAGGAUGAGGACGCUUCUCAGAACUGGCCGGCUGGAUUAACUUUUCGUUUCUCAUUCAAGGAAUUGGAAAAUGCUACAAACAAUUUCAGUACGAAGCUUGGCAGCGGGGGAUUCGGAUCUGUUUAUAAAGGCGUUCUGUCUGAUGGCACAAAGAUUGCAGUGAAGCGACUGGACAGAGCAGGGCAAGGAACAAAAGAGUUUAAAGCAGAGGUAGAAACGGUAGGCAGUAUUCAUCAUCUUAAUUUGGUAAGACUGAAAGGUUUUUGUGCUUAG